AUGUCGGGCGGGAAGAUGACUCUGUAUAAACUGGUGGUGUUGGGUGAUGGAGGAGUUGGCAAGACGGCCCUCACAAUUCAGUUAUGUCUCAAUCAUUUCGUUGAAACCUAUGAUCCUACCAUCGAAGAUUCGUACCGGAAACAAGUGGUGAUAGAUCAACAGGCGUGCAUGCUAGAAGUACUUGACACCGCUGGCCAAGAAGAAUAUACAGCCCUCCGAGAUCAAUGGAUUCGAGAUGGCGAGGGUUUUAUCUUGGUCUACAGUAUUACCUCGAGAAACUCUUUCACAAGGAUCCAGAAAUUUUAUUCUCAAGUACAAAGAGUCAAGGAGUCGGGUCAUCCCAAUUCUCCCACUGGGGCCAGUUACCUUCCUACUCAGAUGAGUGGCCAGCCGACUUAUACCGGGCCAGUCCCGGUCAUGCUGGUAGGCAAUAAAAGUGACAAGCACCACGAGCGCGAGGUGUCGUCUCAAGAAGGCCAAGCACUUGCGAGAGACCUCGGGUGCGAGUUUGUUGAGGCAUCGGCCAAGAACUGUAUCAAUGUUGAAAAGGCAUUUUAUGAUGUUGUGCGACAACUCAGGAGACAACGUCAAGCACCUCUGAAGCAGAUCAAUUCCAACAAAGGACCCGGGUAUGGCUCGAAUACUGGAGCGCGCAUUCCAUAUGAUCCUGAUCAUCAACGAAUUUAUCGAGAACACAAUAAGCGCCGUGGUACCAAAUGCGUCAUUUUAUGA